AUGUCAGCAAUUCUGUUCAACCUUGACAUUGACUGGGUCAUGAGGAAAACAACAGAUGAUACAUUAAGAGGCAUAAGGUGGACCCUCUUCUCCACCCUCGAGGAUCUUGCCGACAACCUUGAACUACUCUCCCAUACCAACCAGCACAUGCAUGAAAAAACAAACCAACUCCACAAAUACGGUCGCCAGAUCAGGUUAAAAAUAAGCCAGAAAAAGACAGAAGUGAUGACGCUGAAUGAAGGCUCCCCAACGCUGAUUAGGGUGAACAAUGCAGACCUGCCUAUAACAGACAAAUUUACUUACCUAGGCAGCAUAAUUAAAAGUGACGGCGGCACAAAGGAAGACAUCAUGAACAGACUCGGCAAGGCAAGUCUUUACACAGAAGCAUGGUCAACAUCUGGAAGUCAGGACAGUUCAGUGUACAGACCAAGUUAA